AUGGAGUUUGGCAAAAAACGAUCACUCCUCCUCCACCUAGCCUGGAUACCUCAGGCACUAUACAAGCUUUGCACUCUGAGCCACACUUCCCGAUCCACCGCUAGAGCGCGAAAAAUUCGGUUACGCGUCCGGUCGAAGACUGUUGUUCCGAAAUUGUUAAAAGCAAUUUUAAAAACGCUAUCUUCGCCUUCUGCCGAGAUACUGUUGGUACGCAAGCCGAGUAGGUGGGGCAAGAAGGAUUUGAUCCGCUUGUGCCUGGGAAUAGAGUCAGAGACUCCUGGACGACGCCGAGUCACCAGGAAGGGGGAGCUAGCUUUGAGUUCACUUAGUUCGCGAUUUGAUUUACCGACCGCCCAAACCUGGUUCACUGAUUCUGCACCUUCCCUCCCAACAGCUCUUACCAAAUUUAACGUUGUCCAUUCUCAAGCCGUUAAACAGCAUAGUGUGGGCAGAGCAAGGGGUGGCAUCCCCAUUGGCAUCAACGAGGCUUUCAACUAUACAUUAUUGGAUAUUUCUCCCUGGUGGAUUUGCAUCAAGAUUCAACUAGAUAACAUCAGUCUCGGUCUCUGCACUGUUUAUUUCUCCCCUGCCCAGGAUCUAUAUUACCACCUGAGCCUUCUACAAUACAUGCUAAAUGACGUCCAAGAAAACCAUCAUUUGGAUUUGUUGAUUCUAGGAGGAGAUUUUAAUGCACGAGUUGGCCUGGGCAAUGACUUCCCAAGCAUCAUGACUGAAGGCAGUACCCUACUGCCUGACAGAACUUCAUUAGACACAACUGUGAACUCCAGAGGCACCCAACUGCUGGAUUUUGCUGAUAUAAAUGGCUUUGUCUUACUAAAUGGUAGGACACAUGGUGACAUUCCUGCUAAAUAUACGUUCUGCUCCGCCAAAGGAAAAUCAGUGAUAGAUCAAGUUUGGGUGAAUCUUGCGGGGAUCAACUUCAUCAGCCAACUCCGGGUACUGGACAUCCCUUCACAAUCAGACCACUCCCCUAUCUCUCUACAAUUAUCCCUCCCCUCUCUUUUCCUCCCACCUCGCACCUCACUGUCUCAUAUCUCAACUGGAACCAAGGUCAAAUGGCUUAUUGACAAGAAAGACACAUUCAACAAUGCUAUGCGAUGGUCACAGAAAAUCAGCAUAGAUUUUGACAAGGAGGAUAUUGAUUUUAUUAAUAGAAAUCUAAUCGAGGCCAUUCUUGAUGCUGCAGAAACUACUGGACUCGUGAAAACUUACAAUAGACAUACCCGUUCGUCUGAACACAAAUCUUGUUUUGAUAAAGACUGCUUGAUAGCUAAGAAGAGACUGAGGGCAGUUCUCAGGAUCGCCAAAGCGGCCUCGUUCGACCUCUCCUCACUUUCUGAAUAUAUCUCUGCUAAAAAAGAUUACAAAGACAUCUUAAAAAAUAAAACCAAGAAUUACCAAGACCUGAUAAUAAAAGAGUUUGCAGACGUUAAAAACACAACCCAAUUCUGGCGCACGUAUAACAGCUAUCGCAGAAAAAACGCCUAUACCCUGCCACUGCCAGUUGACACUUGGAACAAAGUCUACGAGGGUAUUUACCCCCCAAGAAUAGUAGAUAACUCUUUGUACUUUGGUGUUUUGGACCCGGUAUUAGACACAGCAAUCACCUUUGAAGAAAUAACCUGCAGCAUCUCUCAUCUCAAAAAUUGCAAGGCCUCUGGACUGGACUCUAUUCCUGGGGAACUUUACAAGAACCUACCAUGUAACUGGCUUCUCUACGUACAGACUCUUUUCAAUAAAAUCCUGGACAAGGAGAUCGUCCCCAAAGAUUGGGCGCAUGUCGCAUUGGUCAUGCUCCAUAAAAAGGGUGAUCAACAUGACCCCUCAAAUUACAGAAGCUUGGCAAUGAUCAACCUUAUUACUAAGAUCUUCACCAUGAUCAUCAAAUAA